AUGGCGAGACGACCUGGGUGUGUUCCGCCGCCUUCCGGCUGGGAAGUGAUUGAGCAUACGCUGGACGAGAUCGAGCGCAACAUGCGCGAAGCUGAAAUUGAGCCCCAUGAAACAAAACGGAUAGCCGAGGCCUCAUGGCCGAUAUUCCGGCUGCAUCAUCUGCGUUCACGCUACAUUUACGAAAUGUAUUAUUGCCAGAAGGCCAUUUCAGAGGAGCUAUACAAAUACUGUUUAAGCGAAAAGAUCGCCGAUGCCGCUCUGAUUGCCAAGUGGAAAAAACAGGGCUACGAGCGUCUAUGUUGCUUGCGGUGUAUUCAGCCGGCCGAUAUGAACUAUGGGACCACUUGCAUAUGCAGGGUGCCACGUUCUAAAAUAGAUUCUGCCACACGCCCCUUCCAGUGUCAACUUUGCGGCUGCCGUGGCUGUUCUGGCUAA